GAGAGCACAGAGCCAGGCACUCAGGCAGGCAGCCAUCCCCAUCCCUCGGAUCGCCGCCGCCGCCGCCUCCUCCCGCGCCGCCGCAAUCGCCCUCUCCCUGCCUAACCCCUCCCCAAACCCUAGCUGCCAUGGAACCUCCCGCCGCCGCAGCCCCUGAUCCGACGCCCCCGGAUUCGGACCACCCCUCCCCCGCCAAGCGCUCUGCCUGGAAGCACCCCGCCCCCAACGGCCCCUCCGUCAUGGACGCCAACCACUGGCCCGCGCUCUCCGAGGCCGCCAAGAACACCAAGCUCGCGCCCUCCCCCGACUCCUCCAGGCCUCCCGAAUCCUCGUCUGCGCCAGUCGCCGCCUCAUCGGCCACGCCCAACUCAUCCAAUUCGCACAAGCACUCCUCGGGGACCCAUCACGGUCGCCACAAGCCGGCCAGGCGCGGUGCCGCCGCCGGGGACCACUCUCCGCGAGACCACCCUGAUCGGUCCACAGGUGGGUGGGACCACGCCACUGCUGCUUCUGGGGGAAGGGGUGGUCAGAGGAACCACAGUAAUGGCGGCACUAGGAGGGGCAAUGGCGGCAGCGGCUUUGCUGCCAGGCGAAGAGGGGGAUACGAGCCCUUCUACCGUGGCCCUCCUCCAAUGGGCAUGGGCCGCCCAUACAUGCGAGGGGCACCACCCCCUCCUCCGCCGAUGACAGUUCCUCCACCUUUCAUGGGCCCUCCGCCACCCCCAGUCGCACCCAUGCGGCCAUUUGCUGGACCAAUGGUCUUCCAUGAUAUGCGAUCCCCAGUAUCUCCUGUAUCCCCGAUAUACUUCUAUGGGCCUCCUCCAACACCAGAGGCUCUCCGGGGACUGGCUCUUGCACCUCCUAUGGUUGGUCCACCUGCUUACCCUUACUUUCAAGCACCGUCCGAGCCACAGCCCCAGCCCCAGCCCCAGUCCCAGCCUGACGCGGAAGAGGAACGUACCAAGCUGCUCAACCAGAUAGAGUUCUACUUCAGCAAGGAGAAUUUAUGCUCAGAUGUAUACUUGAGGCAACAGAUGGAUUGGCAGGGCUGGGUUGAUAUAUCUCUUAUAGCUGGCUUUAAAAAGGUCCAAGAGCUGACAAAAGACCUGCAAUAUAUAAAAGAGAUAGUGCAGUCCUCAUCUAUACUUGAAAUGCAGGGUGCCAAAAUUAGGAAGCAAAAUGAUUGGGAAAAAUGGGUGAUUCCUCGUGAGAGCAAUCCUGAUAUACCGCCAAGCUCAGCAUCCGUAGCAAGGCCUAAUGUCAAUAAUCUGACAGCACGUCUUGGAGGCAUGGGUCUGCAUGAAUCUGCUAGCUCUAGUAGCACAGUGGAGCAAAACCAUCAUGAUUUCAUCCAGAAUGGAUCACCUUUCUGGUAAUGAUGAGGCUCCAGUAGCUGAAGACAACUCUGGCCAGCACCAGCAGCUGUUAGAAUAAGUCAGUGGCUCCGACUCACACCAUGACUGCAGGGAUUUUGUCCAUGCGCGAGUAACAGCUUACAAGUGAGAUAUUUUUUGCAAUUUUUGGAGGGGAGGUAUGCUUGUGGGCGGCGCACUAGACUAGCAAGUUAAUGCUUUUUCUGGCGACGAGGUAAGAUUUUGCUUUUCCUAUUAUUGAGGUGUGGCCUCUACACAUUGCACAAUGUGUGGGAAAGACCUCCCGCUAAUAACCUCCCCCAGACCCCGCACAGUGCGGGAGCCUACGGCACUGGGUACGUUAUUAUUGAGGUGUAGCGUGGAAGAUUUUGGGGCGGUUGGUGAGAAGUUUGAAACAGAAGACAGGCAAACCAAGAUGGUAUGUGGAGGCAUCAAAGAUUAGGAGGAAAACCAUGAAAGAAAACAAAAACAUGAAAACCAACAGAAUGCUAAGUUGUUAUCCCCCGGCGGGCCUGUGAUUGCUUGCUUGCUUGUUUUGAUAACCUUGUUUUGUUUAGUAGGGUGGGGAGCUUGAAUGCUACUUUGUUGGCCUGAUAGUGAACAAGUUGGUUUUCCUCAGCAGUAGGAUGGAUGAUUGUAAAAAAAAAACAAAGAAAAAACCUCCGAUUUUUUGUGGAGGAACUGAACUUUGUCACUCUGAGAGCCAGGGAGUUUGGCUUGGAUCUCAGCUUGUCGUA